GCCCUUUAGUUACAUUGUAUCCCCCUUACUGAAAGGAGCGAGGGAUCUAGGACUCAACUCAAGGGAAAAAAUGAAUGAAUAUACGUGAAAAUGGACGUGCCGAGAUGUUGGAUUUAUCGUCUUGGAGUUUAAGAAAGACGUAUUUGAAGAAAGCUGUGAGAUUUCGAUCCUGCGAUGCCAGUUUCAGGGCAGUGUUUGCAUUUCUGAACGGGAUCUUUAGGAGUGUGAUGGCUGCUGGCCUUCCUUUUCUCUAGUUGCUGGAUGUGUUGGGAAGUGCACUGCUUUGGGAUCAUUUUGGGAAUUCCGUGCGCAAAUCCAGAGGCCUUUCCACCUUCCUCUAUGGAAUGUACAUAAGUAUUCUCUGGAUAGGGGUUCGCGUGUGGGGGCAAAAUGUGGGCGACUGGGAAGUUGACAUCAAUACGUUGAGGCCACUGUUCUCCUUCUCCCCACACCCUGGCAGUCUGAGAAAUCAGACGUUACUGUGACAAACCUGGGCCGCUGGCACUAAAAUGUCCCUAAGUGGUGGCACUGCAGGCGGGAAAGGUGUGGACUCGAAUGCGGUGGACACUUACGACAGCGGUGAUGAGUGGGAUAUCGGGGUUGGAAAUCUGAUUAUCGACCUUGACGCUGACCUAGAGAAGGACAAACUCGAGAUGUCUGGCACCAAGGACGGCGGGGGAAUGGCAGCUCCACCUAGCGCAGUAGCGGCUCUGCCAGACAAUAUCAAGUUCGUUAGCCCAGUUAGUGCCCCUCAGGGCAAAGAGAGCAAAUCCAAAUCCAAACGCAACAAAAAUUCUAAAGACAAUAGCAGCAAGUCUCCAGCUGGAGACGGAGCAAAAAAGGAGCAUCAGGGACGGACCCAAGGGGAGGUUACUGGUGCGACAGGUAGUUCAGCAGGCGGCAACUCCGCCACGGGCAAGGGUGCCGAGAAGGGCGCCAAGGCCUCACGCGGCGUGCCAAACAGCAAAAAGGAAAAGGAAGUAUCGAGUGGGAAAAACAAGAAAGACAAAAUCGAAAGCGCACCAGUUGCAGUCGUGGCAAUUGAGAAGGAGAUAGUUGCGAACGCUCAGGCGUUUGGAAGCACACGCAACACGCCCUUUGACAAUACGCAGAACGCAGACAUUGCUGUGACAGAGCAACUUGGGAAUAACGCUCUGGAAACUGUUGGAAUUGUCUCUCCGUUAGCUAUUAAAACCGAGCCGGAGGAGCUUGACGGGGAAUGCAGAGUUCUGAAGAAGAUGAAAAAUGAAAAGAUGGAGUCUCCGGUCUCCACCCCGGCUCCUCCGCCGCUUCACCUCCUCUCCUCUAUGGGAAACAGUGAUAUCGCCUCACCUUGUGAGCAGCUUAUGGUGCGCACGCGCUCGGUGGCCGUCAACACAUCAGAUGUGGCCCUGUCCACAGAGCCGGAGUGCCUGGGACCCUGUGAGCCGGGCACCAGCGUCAACCUGGAGGGCAUCGUGUGGCAAGAAACUGAGGACGGUAUGCUGGUGGUUAACGUUACCUGGAGGAACAAAACGUAUGUCGGAACACUUUUGGAUUGUACACGUCAUGACUGGGCCCCUCCAAGGUUCUGCGAGUCUCCCACAAGUGACCUAGAAAUGAGAAAUGGACGUGGCCGUGGUAAAAGAAUGCGACCCAAUAGCAACACCCCAGUCAAUGAGAACAGCAACUCGUCUGAUAAUAAGGGCAGCAACAACAGCAAGACAAGAGCAAGUUCCAACAGCAAGGGUAGGCGUGGAAGCCAAAACUCCUCUGAGCGCAGGACUCCGCCCAACAGCAACACAGAGGACAUAAAAGCCAGUCCGUCCUCAGCCAGUAAGCGCAAGAGCAAGCCUACAUCAGACAUGGAGCCCAACUCCAGCUCUGAGGAUUCUAAAGGCAAUAAGCGUAUGCGCACAAAUUCAAACGGUGGAAUGACCUCUUCUGCACUCCCAAUUCCUAUCAUCAAAACUGAGUCCCUUCCUCCUCCACUAGACCGAACCUGCCCCUCACCUGUACUGAUCGACUGCCCACAUCCCAAUUGCAACAAGAAGUACAAGCACAUCAAUGGCUUGAAGUACCAUCAGGCUCGUGCACAUAAUGACGAUGAUAUUAAGUUAGAUAUGGAUGGGGACAGCGAGUAUGGGGAAGAAUCCUCUCUCCACCCUGAGCCAGGAAGUUGCAACGGAGCGUCAAUUACACAGAAAGGCUCUCUCUCCCCAGCACGGUCUGUCACGCCUAAAGGAAGAGGCUUUGAUGCUCAGAGUCCAUCUCCCUCUCCUGGAAAGUUUGGCUCUAAGACAAAGAAAAAGAAUUGUGAUGUUGAAGCAGACGUUUGUGGCACACCAAUGGAGGGUUGUGAGGAUGGACCUUGCGUCACUGCUGAUGAGGCUAGCAAUGAUGGCAUAGAGGACAGGAAGUCCAAAAAGCCCAACAGCAAUGUCAAGUCUGACAAGCUGUCCCAGAAGAACAUGAAAACUUCCAGGUCCAUGGCUCCAUCCAUCCCUUCUCAGCAGAUGUAUGCUCUGCAGCCAACACCAUUCAGUGGCGGGAGCCCCAACCAUCCCCCUGGGUUGGCCAACUUGUUGCAGGGUAUCCCCAAGAGUCCCCAGCUGAAAGGCAUGCAGUCUAAGUUAGGUGUAGCUGGGGACUUGUCGCCAAUUAAUCCAGCCUUGAGCAGCUCCAAGGACAAAAAGAAAAAGGACAAGAAAAAGAAAGAUUUGGCCAAGGAUGCAGACAGCCCCAAGCUCCCAGCAAAAAGUGGGAAAACCGAAGAGGAGAAAAGUCCAUAUUCUGAAUCCUCUGACCCAGGAAGCAGAAGUGAGGGUCAUCUUAAUGGCUCCUCGGACCCUCAUCAAAGCCGCCUUGCUAGCAUGAAGGCUGAGGCGGAUAAGAUAUACAGCUUCACUGAUAAUGCCCCCAGUCCAUCCAUCGGGGUGGCCAGUCGUGUGGAUAGCAGCGGACAGCCUCUCACUCCUCUUCACGUUGUCACCCAGAACGGGGCUGAUAGCUCCUCGGUUAAGACGAAUAGUCCUGCAUACUCUGACAUAUCUGAUGCCGGAGAGGAUGGGGAAGGCAAAGCGGAAGGGGUCAAAGUCAAGACGGAAGAUCAGUCAGGCAGGGAUAGUGCGAAAAAGGCUCUCUUUCCCUCUCAGGCAUCCUCUAAGGAAUCUUCAUAUUAUGCUAGCUAUGACAACUACUAUUCUCCAAGUUACACCCACCCUAGCCCCGGUAGCUCCACUGCUAGUGGGCCUCUACCAGACGGGCAACCUGUGAAACUGAAGAAGGAAGAUGAACAAGAAUUGCCAGAGGAGAAGGCAAAGGUGGAUGUGCAGGAUGAGCGCAAAGCUGAGGUCGCUUCAAGUCACCCACACCAACAGCAGCAAGCCUCGGUCAUUCAGCAGCGGUCCAAUAUGUACAUGCAGCCACUCUACUACAACCAAUACUAUGUACCCCCAUAUGGAUACCCAGACCAGGUUUAUCACAACCACCUCAUGAACACUAAUCCAACCUACAGGCAGCAGUAUGAGGAGAGGCAGAGACUUAUGGCCGAGCAGCACAGGUCUGCUGAGAAAAAGGCUGAUUUCGGUGUAAAGGACAGGGAAACCUCACUAAAGGAGGACUGGAAACAGAAGGGCCCUGUUCCUCCAGGCCUAACAAAAGCCCCCAGCCUUUCAGACCUGGGAAAGCCACAGGCCACUGGCAAGCAGAGAGACACUUCCUCCGAACCUGUCAAGUCAGUCAUCAUCCCUAAAGGGGAGGAGGUCAAGCUACAGCCACAGCAGGCUGAGGGGCUUAAAAUGAAGCUUAGUGAAGCUGGCCAUCAUGGAAAGGAUGACUCCAAGGCAAGUGUAGAGUCUGCCAGGCUGGGUAUGGAGCAAGCCAUGUGGUACAGACAGUACUCUGACAGUCAGAGACCGCCAGAUGAGGAGCGAGACAGGGAGCGAGACAGAAAAGGCAAAGAGGAGAGGCCCAGGCCGAAAGACAGCAGCUCCAAAGAAGAUAGUAAAGAUGGAACUGAUGGUUCAUGUCCUCCCAACACUGAGGACCAUCGAAGCGGAGGGAAAGAUCCUCGGGCCAAUGCCCACAUACCUUUCAGCUCCCCCUUGACACAGCACCAACCCUACCUGCAUUACAUGCAUGGAUAUCCUUUUGGACAAAGCUACGAUCCCAACCAUCCUGGAUACAGAGGCAUGUCCUCCGUCAUGAUGCAGAACUACCCAGGGUCGUAUCUGCCAGCGGGAUACCCUUUCUCCCCUUACGGCAGUAAAAUGGGCGGUGGAGAGGAAGCAGAGAAAUCUCGCUCCAGCCCCACAGUCAGCAACAAGUCCGCUUCAGAGUCCAAAGCCUUGGACAUACUACACCAACAUGCCAACCAGUACAAGAGCAAAUCGCCCACCGUUGCCGACAAGCCCUCCCAUGAAAGGGAGCGAGGAGCAAGCGACCGAGAGCGGGAAAGAGAGAGGGAUCGAGAGAGGGAGAGAGAAAUGGAUCGGCCUCGAUCAUCUCCCUCCCAACGCCUAAUGCCACCCCACCACCACCACCAUCAUCUAGGCUAUCCCCUUGUAGCCGGGCAGUACGAUCUGUCUUACGCCACAGGCCUUUCAUCGUCAGCAAUUGUUGCCAGUCAGCAAGCCUCAGCCCCUUCCCUGUACCCACCAGCACGGAGGUGAGAAUGGGAAACCUGAUUGUCUCGCCCUUCUUUACAAUUAAUCAUGUGACUGGAUCACAUGGGGAAGUAUAUGGAGUUCAUUUAGACAUCAGUUGAAUGGUGUUUCUAUAUUUUUAGUUUUUCUGCCGGAAUGUGUGGCAGAUUGAUGUUUUCCUAGUAUCCGUACCUCGUGCCCCACUACAGACUGAGACCAGGUUUAAAGCCAUCCCGCCCUGCUCAAAGCCCAGCUGGCCACUGAACUCUUGCCUGUGAACUGGCGAGGAAUGAUCGAAAAGCAAGGACUGUCAUUGUACUCGCCCGACGCGGGCUGUGGCCAGGCUGAGGAGGGGACAUAAGAACACAAAGACUGAAAAUAGUUUUAUCACACUGAGAUAACUAAAGUUGUUUCCUUUUUUAUUUUAGUUGGCAUCCUCACUGAAAACAAAAAAUCGGUUUUUGAAUUGCUCUCUAGAUACCGCUGCGGAUAAUAUCUAGCAUUGUCUCAUAACUCUGUCUUUCUGCCCUUGGUUCCUAAACGGUUCUCACCGCCACAUGCCUCAAGACUGCUCUUAUUUUUUUUCUUUUUCCCAUGCCUGGCUUCUCUAUCAUCAGCAUGGUUCUGUGUAACAACACCCAGUAAGUUAUAGCACUCUGCUUAAACGGUGUAGGAGACAGUCAUGCUGUUUUACUGGGACAUGUUCAGCACUACCAUCC